GCGGCGCAAAUGGCGCAACACCGCGAUUGCGGGAUUUUCCUGAUUCUAACCUAAAGAUAGUCCGAGACACUCCAAGGCAGUCGCGACAUAAAUUUACCGCGCAUUGGCGGACAAUAUUGUGUUCUCGUGGUUUUUCCAACAUUCCUGAAACGUAGGGCGAUGUUCCAUCUCAGGAUAUAACGAGAGAAGAAAGAGAAAAACAGGAGAAAAAUCUGAUCAUUAAGAAAAAUGAAGAUACGCUUACAAUUUUACCAGUAUAGCGAUCGUAUUUUUGGAGAAUGCGAUGUAUGUGAUUAUCGUAAAGUGCGUUUGACAUGAAACUGUGAGGCUUUCUCUCGCUGUCUCGCUCGCUCUCGCGCAGCGGCGAAGUUUGCCAACUCGGUGCGAGUAGGUGUCUGCUUGGUGGGGGUAAAAGUGGUGGGGCGGGUUUUCCAUAGUGCCGGGACUGCCGGGAGCCAAAUGUGCACUACUGCUGUGAGCCUGGUCUGUGAACGGACAGUAACGUAAUAAUAACGAUAAUAAUAUUAUUGAUAAAAUUAUUGUUAUUUGGCAACGAUAUCGAUUGUUAGAAAACCAUUUUCAUCAUCUGAAAUAUGAGCGGCGAGGAGAGACUUGUCACUGAGGUACCUAGUAGCUUAAAGAAACUGGCACGUCUUGUUGUACGUGGAUUUUACUCGAUUGAAGAUGCUUUAAUUGUGGAUAUGCUGGUCAGAAAUCCAUGUAUGAAAGAAGAUGAUAUUUGUGAAUUGCUCAAGUUUGAACGCAAGAUGUUAAGAGCCAGGAUAUCCACAUUGCGAAAUGAUAAGUUCAUUCAAGUGAGAUUGAAGAUGGAGACAGGGUCAGAUGGCAAAGCACAAAAAGUCAACUAUUACUUUAUUAAUUAUAAAACAUUUGUAAAUGUGGUGAAGUAUAAACUCGAUUUAAUGAGAAAGAGAAUGGAAACCGAGGAGAGAGAUGCAACCAGUAGAGCUAGUUUUAAGUGUCCGAGUUGUUUAAAGACAUUUACUGAUCUUGAAGCUGAUCAACUUUUCGACAUGAGAACUGGCGAGUUUAGAUGUACAUAUUGUCGAGAGAUAGUGGAAGAAGAUCAGUCUGCUCUUCCAAAGAAAGAUUCCAGAUUAUUAUUAGCAAAAUUUAAUGAACAAUUGGAGCCACUCUAUAUACUAUUAAGGGAAGUAGAAGGCAUCAAAUUGGCGCCUGAAAUACUGGAACCAGAACCCAUCGAUAUCAAUACUAUUCGAGGUAUCGACACAAGAAAACCGAGCAGUCUUAGAGCACCUAGCGAACAGUGGUCAGGUGAAGCUACUAGAAUGACAGGCUUUAUAGUGGAGGAUACUAGAGUGGAUGUUACUAUUGGAGACGAAUCUCCCGAUGACGCGUCGAAUCACAGAAAGGAGAGACCCAUAUGGAUGAGGGAAAGUACAGUUAUCAAUUCCGAUGGUUCACAGCCUGAUGGCGUGAAUGCACAAGACAGCAUUUUGGACAAAGCUGCAGCCACUGCCACAAACAUGAUUACGACGAAUAAUAAACAGGGCGAGGACAUCAUGUCAGUGCUAUUGGCUCACGAGAAGAAGAGUGGGACCAAUUCCGCGGCAUCUAUCAAAGCAGCGCUUCCACAGGAAUCCAGCGACAGUAGCGAUAAUGAGGAGGAGGAAAUGCAGACAGUUGAUACUGGCGAGAUAGAGGCAAUGGAUUCCGAGGACGAUGAAUUAGUACCGACCGUUAGUGUCGGCGGCAAAACCGUUGCGAUCACCGACGUUAACGACACCUUAAUUGCGGAAAUGACGCCCAUAGAGAAGGAGUCUUAUAUCCAGACGUAUCAGGAAUAUUAUUCGCAUAUGUACGACUAGGCGAAGAACAACGAGAGUCGUCUUCAUAAUGCUCUGCAUAAGACUGAUAUUGAUUUGGUAUCGUUGUUCCCUGUAAUAUUUUGUAUAGCCACAAAAUAUAUAUAAUUUUCGAUAAUGAUGCAAUGAUCUUUCAUAGUGACGUAGCAAUCCUGACAGGAUCGUCCUGUAUGUAUUUCUCUAUAUCGAUAAUGUAGUUGCAGGUGCAUGUAUUUGCUGUAGCAUCUGAAGGAUUUGAAAAAUCGAUUUGAAUAGAGAAAAGAUAAAGGUGCGUUUUUUUUACAGUUUCAAUGUAUUUUCUAAUGUAAUUGCAACUGAACAGAGUAUCGUCAAUCAACAGAGUUCUUUGUUAAUAAAUAAAUAAUUGAAUGUGUGGAAUAUCAUAAAACAUAAGAAAUUAAUUGGGACGAAUAAUAUACAUACUAUGUCACUUCUGGUAAAACGGGAAAUUCUUAAAUUUAACCAUACAAUUAUUAAGCUUACUUGACAUUCUUUUUUUUGUUCAUCUUGCAAUGAAUUUCUGUCCAACCACCACCAUUGCACAGAAAUUCCGAGACGAUUUUUUUAUAUUUGGUUAUCUUUUCGCUUUUUUUGUAUUU